CUAGCUAGCAAAUCUCAUGGCUUCCAUAUCCCAUCUCCAACUCAGUCUCUUGCUUCUACUUCCUUCUCUGACGUUCACUAUCACUUUGGCAUCAUCUUCUUGGAGUUCUGCGAAAGAGAUAAACUACAACAAGUGGAUAUCAUGGAACAUCAAAAAUUAUCAACAGAGGGCCACUUUGAAAGGCACCGAAUCCAUUGUGCUUGAAGCACGAGGCCGAGGCCGAGGCGCAGCCAGGAAAGUAGUCCUCCUGGAUGCGAAGCUUAGAAAAGCAGAGAUGAACAAAGUGAGUUUAAGUGUCAGUCAAAAUGGGAGCGGGGGGGACUUCAAGACAAUCGGAGAUGCUCUAAACAGCAUCCCAUUACCUAACACUAAUAGAGUGAUCUUGCUUAUCAAACCAGGUGUUUACAGGUAUGAUCGUGGAGACUCUAGGGAAAAGAUUAGCAUCCCUAGAGCGUUGCCAUUUGUUACAUUUGCAGGGGAUGCGAAUGAACCACCAACCAUUACUGGGAAUGACACGGCCUCGGUGGCUGGAAGAGAUGGGACGCCACUUGGGACGUUUCACAGUGCAACAGUUGCCGUCGAUGCAAAUUUCUUUGUUGCCAUCAACGUGAAGUAUGAGAACACCGCUCCACAUGAAAUUGGAUCCAUCGGAGGACAAGGCGUUGCGCUUCGCAUUUCUGGGACCAAGGCUGCAUUCUAUAACUGCAGUUUCUAUGGGACCCAAGACACACUCUACGAUCACAAGGGCCUUCACUAUUUCAAUAAUUGCUUCUUCCAGGGCUCGGUGGAUUUCAUCUUCGGCUAUGGCAGAUCUCUUUAUGAGAACUGCUAUUUAAACUCCAUUGCAAAGAAGGUGGCCUCCCUCACAGCCCAAAAGCGAAGCAAUGCCUCAUUGGGAAGUGGGUUUUUGUUCAAAGACAGUGUAGUAACAGGGAGUGGCCAGGUUUACCUUGGCAGAGCAUGGGGUGAGUAUUCCAGGGUGGUUUUCUCAUACACAUUCCUGGACAAGGUUGUUCUUCCCCAAGGGUGGAGUGAUUGGGGCGAUCAAAAGCGGGAUUCAGGAGUGUAUUAUGGAGAAUACAAAUGUAGUGGACCAGGAGCCAACUCAACAGGAAGAGUGCCUUGGGCGAGAAUGCUCACCGAUGAAGAGGCUGAGCCUUUUAUUGGGACUCACUAUGUUGAAGGCAAUACUUGGCUCAUAAAACCUUUUUAGAUGGGAAGCAGGAGAAUUCUCGGUAGUGAUUGUGUGGCCAAAUUAAAGGUAGCUUCUUCGUGUAGCUUAUAUAUAUUGCUGUCCUUGGAAAUAUAUAUAUUUUGAACGUGAGUUUCU